GAUUACGUCGUCGUGCACAAACGACGCUCUCCUCAUCAGUCAGUCGCUUGCGGUUCGUGAGCGAAGAGAUAGUGGUUAUACCUCGACUAUGUCUGAAAUGUACAAACUAGGUGAUUUGGUAUGGGCGAAGAUGAAGGGAUUUUCACCGUGGCCUGGCCGGGUAUCCAUUCCUUCGAAGGAUUUGAAGAAACCAGGAAAUACUAAGAGAGGACCAGUACAAUGUAUUUUCUUCUUUGGAACUAAUAAUUAUGCAUGGAUAGAAGAAUCCAAUAUCAAACCAUACCAACAAUAUAAAGAUACUUUGGUAAAGUCAAGUAAGUCUAUCGCUUUUAAAGAUGCAGUGGAAGCUAUAGAAGAAUUUAUUGCCAAAGGAGAGGUUUUUGAAGAUGGCUUAGAUCCAGAUUCGUUAUUUGACAGACUGAAAGAAGACACGUUAUCUACAGAAAAGAAAAUAGUUACAAAAAUACCGAAACCACGCAAGGAAACACCGAAAGCUAAGAGACUGGAUAGUGGUGCCAGUGACACACGUCGUCCAGCCAAAAAACAACGCAGAGAAUCCAGUACAAGCAAUAGUAACAGAGUCGGCAGUAUUAGUCCUGCACUAAAUCAUUCUACUCCUACUAGGAAGUCAGGUUCAACUCUUCUAAACAGGCCAGCCAAUAUCACCAGACCUGUAACACCACCUCUAGAUGUUGAAACAUUAUCUCAAACUCUCAAAGAGAAGAAUAUCCUUCCUUCGAAUUUGAAAUUUGGUUUCCUCGGUUUGGGAAUUAUGGGCAGCGGCAUCGUAAAAAAUUUGAUCAACAGUGGGCACAGCGUGAUAGUGUGGAAUCGAACGCAAGAAAAGUGUGCGGAUUUUGUAAAGGCUGGAGCAGAGCAAGGAUUAACACCUUCGGACGUCGUAUUGGCAGCCGACAUAACAUUUUCUUGCGUUGCUGAUCCACAAGCUGCAAAAGAUAUGGUAUUUGGUAACUGCGGUGUAUUGAUGGAAAUAUCCUCUGACAAGGGUUACGUUGAAAUGACAGGAAUAGACGCGGAAACAUCACAGGACAUCGCCGAGGCAAUAAACGCAAAAGGUGGCCGUUACCUUGAAGCACAAGUGCAAGGUAGCAAAACUCAAGCGCAGGAAGGCACAUUGGUCAUUCUUGCGGCUGGAGAUCGUACGCUUUUUGACGAUUGCCAAUCGUGUUUUGAGGCUAUGGGCAAAAACAGUUUCUACCUCGGAGAAGUUGGCAAUGCAUCCAAGAUGAACCUCGUCCUUCAGCUAAUGGCUGGCGUGACAUUGGCGGGACUUGCUGAGAGUAUGGCUCUAGCUGAUCGAGCGGGACUUCAACAGAAGGACGUUCUUGAGGUUUUAGAGUUAACCUCCCUAGCUUGUCCGGCGAUUCUUGACAAAGGAAAGGCGAUCAUCGAGGGUGGUUUCCCGACACAACUACCGCUCCAGCACAUGCAGAAAGAUCUUAGAUUAUCGUUAGGAAUGAGCGAUCAGCUCGAACAACCUCUGCCCCUUGCUGCAGCGGCGAAUGAAGUUUACAAGCAUGCAAAACGUCUCGGUUAUGGGGAACACGACGCCUCAGCUGUUUACAUCAGGGCCAGGUUCUAAUGGAGAACAACGUCGUCGGGGCUUUUGCUAAGAUCAUAUUUAUUGCAAUACCUAACGUUGUUUCCCAGCGCUAAGAGAAAAGAUUAGUUAAGUGCGUCGAUUUGUCGCGAAAAUCGACGUUGUCAUAUAAUAGAGAUGGAAAGAGAGAAAGAACCAAACACGAGCAAAAGAGAGGGAAACAAAGAGCCAGAAAAAGGGGAAGAGAGAGAGAGAGAAAGAGAGAGAGAGAGAGAGAGAGAGAGAGAGAGAGAGAGAGAGAGAGAGAGAGAGAGAGAGAGAGAGAGAGAGAGAGAACCAAGCACGCACGCACGUAACAAGCAAGCACACACGAUGUCAAGUAUAUAUGCUUACAUGUAUACUAUUGUUCGAGGAAGAUGAAAACGCAUUUAUCGUUGGAACACGUAUCGACAUUUUACGAAAGAUCGGACCAGUAAGUUUCACACAGUAAAAAGAUAUUAUUGACGAGUGGGCCAUCGAGAAGAUACACACGACGAGAAAAAUGAUAAACAAUGGAUUUACUCCUAUCCUCGUGAUCGAAAUUUAAUCUAUACAUAUGUAUACGUAAGCGUGCAUAUAUACAUAUAUACAUAUACACAUAUUGUAAUGUCACAAUUUGUUGUACUCUUAAUACAUAGAGGAAGGUGCAAUUAUCGAAGGAUAAGGAGGGAAAAUGUGCGUGUGAUACAUACAUAUAUAUAUAUAUAUAUAUAUAUAUAUAUAUAUAUGUGUAUGUAUGUAUGUAUAUAUGUAUAUGUAUAUACAAUAUAUAUAUAUGUGUGUGUGUAUGUAUGUUGUAUGUAUACCUGUACCAUGUGUACUAUCGUUAGAUAGUAGUUACGUGACAUUUUUCUUAACGCGAUUAGUAGAAAUUCGUUCUUUCAAGAAAUGUUUGCGAUGCAAGACGCGAGUCGAUGGUUAUUUCUCUCGAGUUGCGUCCCGUCGCUAUAAUGUAUUAAAGAACGUCGAAUCGAAGAGGAAACUCGGGACGCGUCGAAAAUGUGCCUUACGUUGCUACACGACGCAAAAAAUUCCUUAGUAAAGGCGUUCAAUAAUUCUGAAAGUUCGCUUGCGCGUUUCGAGAGCAUCAACGAUCGACAGCGCUAAUGCGUCUUAAGUGUCAUCCUUUAUAUAGACAUAUAUAGAAGACGUGUAAGAAGAAGAAGAAGAAAAAAAAAAGGAUGAAGAAGAAAAAAAGAAGGAGAUUAUAUCGAUGAAAGAAUGAAUUCUAUUACUCGUAAAAGAUUUCUAAUUUGGAGAUGUGUGUCUGUCACGUGUGCGUGUUAAGCCACCGUACGAAAGAAGAAAUGCAAAGAAUCGAGCAGCGCACGUUUCCUGUUCUUUUUUUUUUUUCUUCUCUCUUUUUUUUCUUUUUUUUUCUUUUUUUUCUUUUUUUUCUUUUUUUUUCUUUUUUUCUUUUUUUUUUUUUUUUUUUUAAGAGAUAUCUCUUACUUAUUUUGAAAGUUUUAUCAAUAUUAUUGUAUUAUUAAAUAUAUCUUAACUCUAUCCAUUGUAAAGCUUUAUUUUGACCGAGUCGUUGUCUGUCUCCUCUCGAAUGUUGGAGUCAGAUUUUCGAUAUCGCGGGAACAACGAUCUUCGACGGUUUUUAUAAAUAAGAAAAAGAAAAAAAAAAAAGGAAAAAAGCAAACAAAACGUAAAAGAACACAUAAAGAAA